ACAUUUCUACGACCCCCGACGAGACGACGUGAAGGCUCCGAAAGAUAGUGACACCGUGCACAAGGAGCUGUCACUCACUGCUUUCCAGACCUCAGAAGCACAACUUGAAGAGAAGGUCUGUUCAAGUGGAACUGAAAGAAAGCAAAGCUGAAAUAUGGCUUCCCAGAUCCCGGCGCUCCCACAGUCCUACGCUCCAGGGACUGACAGUGUCUUCUCUGACCAGUCCGGCUUCUUCUCUCUGGAUUCAAACGUCCCUGGACUUUCCAAAGUGAUUCUCAACAAGCUCAACAUGAAGGACUAUGGACAAUACAGAGCGGCCAUUGAGGGGAAAAGCCAGGGUAUCGCCUUCCGAAACUACAAGGAGAUGUUCCAGAGGAUGGAGGAGACCUUCAAGUUCUGCACUGGCUGUAACAAACUCCCGGAGCAUCUCAGCGAGGGUCAGACUUUGAAGCGCUGUGUCAAGUGCCUUAAUGUCUACUACUGCACGAAGGACUGUCAAAGGGGCAACUGGCCACAACAUAAAAAGUUCUGCAAGAUGCUCCGCCUGGUGGCCAUUGACAGGCUGGUGGAGUGGCUGAUGUUUACUGGAGAUCUUCCGCUUCACACAGACAAGUGGUCCAAGCCGGCGGAUCAGAUAAAGACUUGGGACGACUGGCUUCCAAUGCAAGGGGACCUCACUCCCCGUCUGCUGGCCAUUUUGUCGGGAGCCAACAUGGAAGCGCUGUGGGCGAAUGCCAGCAGACCCAGGCCUGAUGACGCUGACCUCCAGCAGUCAUUGUGGCGAAUCCAGAGUGAGUUCCUAUCUCGAGUCCUCACGGUUGGAAUGGCCAUCCAGCAGUACAAUCUGGACCCAUACGCCAAGCCGCUCACGAUUCACAUAGCAGGGGCGUCGCACAACGAGACCAUGGGCGCCAGAUUGACCGACUAUGACGAACUGAACAACAUGUUUCCUGGACAUCAGGGCAUAGAGAUUGUUAUGGUUGGACCAGAAGUGGUGGAUGGGCCCAUCAUGAGGCCGCCUCUGAGAGCCUUUGGCCCAAGACAGAAGGUCUUCAUCAGUGCCUACAAGGGUCUCUACCAUCAAUUCUGGGAGGAGCUGGUGGAGAAAGAGGAAGCAGCCAAACCGGACCUGGUGGUUGGCUUCCAUCCAGGUUUCCAUGCUAACCAGGGGCUGGUAGAGGGAUGGCUGCCGACACUUCUUCUGCUCAGAGACUUCAGCAUCCCUUCAUUCUUCACUGUCUACAGCGAGAUGGAGCUCCAGUACUCGCUGCAGAUCCUUCUGGAGCUAGAGAUGCACAUCCAGGACAGUGGUCGCAACCCAUUCACGUCGCAGAAGCCGGAGCAGGUGCAGAGCUGUCCCAACAAAGCCCCGGUCUACUGCAACUCCCACUACAUCCGUUUCCAAGGACUGUUGCCGCGUCAGGAGUUCGAGGGUUCAGAUCUUUGAGGGUCUGCUGUCGUCAAGUAUUUAGGUCUUGUCAACAUGGAGGCCUCAUGAAUGAGUCUACGUCCACUCUCCAAAGGA